UAAUUAGACUUUUAUUGUGAAAGCUCUGGCCAGACGUUUCAUGCCAUGUGUUAAAUGUGUCUUUCCAUGGUCUAACGCUACAGGAGGAGACAGAAAGCCGACCCACCGAUAACAUUUAGACAUUAUUUAACGUUGUGGAUAACAGAUCAGCAGCUGUUUGGACCUUUUACAUUUCCACAAUGACACCAUUAACUGUCCGCCAUCGUUGUGAGAAACACGUUUUAACCACCGGGGAGGGGUUGUGAGAGAAGGGGAAAGUUGUCAGGGGUUAAAAUAAACCCCACAAAAGUGAUUUUCUUCUAUCAAAUUCAAGUCAGACUUUGCCUUUCGGGAGGAAGGAGGACCCUGGAACAUUUGUGGGCAUGGACACCCAUAUUAAGGAGGGACAACUUUAUGUGCAGCAUCAGAAGUUUGGAAAGAAAUGGAAGAAGAACUGGUUUGUCCUCUACCCUGCCAGCCAGAAUGGCAUUGCUCGCCUCGAAUUCUUCGACUCGCCUUCGGGUGGAGGGGGUGGCAGUGGAGCCUCGGGAACUGGGUCCAGUGAGAAAACCAGAAAGCUGGACAAGAAGAUCAUUCGCUUGUCUGAGUGCAUUUCCAUCCUGCCAGCGCUGACAGAGAACUGUCCCAAAGAAAACAUGGCAGCGUUCUGUGUGGAAACCAAUGACAAGAUGCACGUGUUUGCUGCAGAGAAGAGCGUUGCCAAGGAGUGGAUGGACACCAUGUGUGACAUUGCAUUUCAGGGAGGACAAGGGAGUGGCAGCAGCAACACUGCUGCAGACUUAAAUGGAGGCCCCCAGGACCUGCAGAUGUCUGAAAACCUCAUCUACUACUCCAGAGAGGAAGUGAACGAGUUCUGGGUGAAUGUUCAGCGUACCGAAGCUUCAGAGCGUUGUGGGCUGACAGGCAGCUACUGGCUGAAGGCUGAGAGUGACAUCUUGAUCUUAAGGGAGCCAAAGACCAAGAGGAACAUCCUGGUGUGGCCCUAUAAGCUGCUGAGGAGAUACGGGCGAGACCGGGUGGGUGGUAACUUCACCUUUGAGACCAAGCAAGGCAACGAGAUCUUCAUGCUGGUGGACCAGGCUAUCCAGUCGCAGAAGGCUCUUGCUGAGGAUCACCACCUAAGUUGCCCCUUCAUGUCUGACGCAGACUGUCCGGUGUCGCUACAGCAUAUACGCAACCCCAGUGGCAUGACAUCAGGAAGUGUAGACAGCAGCAGCUGCAGCAGUCGGGAGGCAGAUGGAGAUUCAGGUGGCAGCAAACCAGGCUCUGCUGAUGGUGUGCUCGGAAAAAGAGAAGGGGGAGACGGAGGAGGUGGAGGAAGAGGGCAAGGAGGUGGAUCAGCAGUGGGACUUAAAGGCAGAAGUUUACCAGAACCACCAGCCAUGUUGGGGGUUUUGGGAGGAGGAACACCUCCACGGUCUCCCAGAGGACAUGUAUCAGCAAAAGGUGUUUCCUCACCUGAUGAACUGGCUGGGCUUUAUUCUGAGCCGGCGGACUCAGUCCGCCUGCCUCUGCACAGUGCUGACUGUCUCUACUCUGACCCAGUGGACAGCAUCAAAAGUCAGAACCAAACCAGCAGCCCAUCCACCCCUCCAGUGCCCACCCCACGCCUCCGACCAGUCGGAGAUGAGGCCUUAGGAGGCAGUGUCCAAGGGGAUCAUCACCAUGGAGGCAGCAACCCCAGGAAGCCACCAGACCUGUACUCACAUAUCUAUGACCGGAUCAGCCAGGAGCUGAACCAGAAAACAAGCGCUCUGAGUCUGAAUGGGGCUGCAGGGGGAGGAAGAGGGGCUGGAAGAGGGGUGAACAUUAACAGGCGACCCCCUGGAGGCAAAGCCGAGGGGGCUUCAUCAUCUCUUGCUCGUCUUUUGGAGCACAUAUACGAUGAACCAGAAGGUUGUCCCAAAGGAAGUGCAAGCAUACCUGCUAGUUCAUCGAUGAGUAUUUAUGAUGAGGCCCGUUUAGAGCCUCACAACCAGGAGAGACAGGAAGAGAUAGCAGCCCUGACAGGACAGGAGGGGAAUUACAGCACCCCCUCCUUUGGAAAACCAUCAGAGUCCCACAGACACUCUCCUCCACAGCUCGGCCUGAGCCGUGGCAUGCAACAACCUCCAGCUCCAACUCCAAGGUGGCCCAAACCAGUCACUGCCCCCAAGCCGGGAAAGGGUACUUUCGGCCGCAAGGAGCCAGUACCACUGCCCCCUGGGAAACCCGGAGGUCCUGGCAGUAACGUGAACAACAACAGCAACAACAACAUUUGGGGUGGGGGUGGAGGAGAAGGAGGGAGCAGGGAGAUAUACAGCAAGGUGUCUAAACAGAAACCACCGCCUGCAAAUCUGUGGUACAGCCAGCACCACCAGGGACUGCUGAGAUCUCCAGAAAUCACCUUCGACAACCUGGGAGAUGUUUGACAUCUUUAUUUUUCAACAUAAACUGAAAUGUUUUAAAAGAGAGAUGCUAAAGAAGAAAAAAACUUUAGGCUGAUGUCUUUAUUGUUGCAGUUUUUGUAAAGCCUGAGCACAUUUUCUCAUUUCACAUUUCUUCUGUUUAUGAACCGGAAUAAUUAUUUGAGGCAGUCGAUUCAUUCAGAAUGGAUUUGCUCACAACUCUGGCUGCACUUUCUGCGACAAUUCUAGGACCACCCUGUGUGCGUGUUUGAGAAAGAGAGAGUGAGUGUUUGCACGGUCAACCCAUAACUGGUGUACCAAGCCACAGUGUGGUUGGAGCCAGCCACUUCACUUAAACACACACACAGAAACCAGAUGGAUUUGCCAAAAGGAGCCUUUAACAAGCUGAGAGGGCGGCUUGGCACUUCUUUUAUAAAAUGUCUGCUGUGCUUAUAAAGUCACAGGAAAUGUUUUUGUUACUGCUGCUUCUCUGUUACUCUGCAAUAUGAGACAUUGUGACAAUGAAGACUUAACCAACAAGAGGUAAAACAUGUUCUAUGUGUGUUUUCUGGACUGAUUAGUUUUGUAAAUCCCACAAAAAGAGUGACAUUUACAACAUUUUCCAGCCUAGGACACUAAUGUGUGACAUGGUUUCAUGUUAGGAUCCACUAACUGAAAAAUGUUGUAUUGUUUUGGAGGAUUCAUGAAAAGUGGGACUUCUAAGACCCUUGUUUGAGUCUUAGAAACCGAAAUAAAUGGGUCAUCAUAGGGUCACCGUCUUCAUGUGGCAAUUUCCUGCAAAAAACAAUAUUAUUUGAACCUUUUAUAUUUCUAUGAACAGACUAAAUAUCACAUUAGUCCCCUGCAAUGUGUCAGUGUGUGUGUGUGUGUGUAUAUGUGUCAAAAACAGCUGUGCUGUCUGUAAAUAUGACUAAUAAUAAAAAUGGCUCAG